CGAAUCCAUAGUAAACCAGGGGCCAACAUCAACAUACGGAAGAAGGAAACAACCGAAAGUCUGUAGCUAUCAAUAGGAGGGAACUCUUAUCUUUGCAAGCAAUGUAUCGUUGCAUGCCAAAUCUUUGUCUGGUAUUUGCGUUAGCGUUUCCCUGCAUUUCGACAUGGAGUCAGGGUCAGAAUGCAAGUACAAUGUAUAGUAAAGGAAACAUGUGUGCAAGACCAUUCCCAAGUUACCUCAGCUGCCUACUCUCGAUUCCUUUCCCAUUGCUUAUCUGUUGGUUUAUAGCGAGUGAGUCAAGUGAGUCAACCCAUGCAGUAGUAAGCAUCCAUGAUGGCCGACGCGCCAACCACGUUUAGUGUCGGGGGUUUCCGUAAGACGGGCGGUUGCAUGGUCUAGUUCUAGUCUCUCGUCCCUCAGCUCCGAGCCCCC